AUGUCGUCCUUUACUAUUCAAGUCCUUAACAACAGCAGAAAUAACCAAGUCUACUCCCUCUUCUACCAGCCCUUCUCGGCUUCUGGAUAUGCACCUCUCGCGUGCGUCACUCAGAAAUCAACGACGAUUGCAAACAACUACGCCGCCACAUUUACCAUCGAUUUACCGACUGCUGUCGUCUGCGGCACCAGCCCCAAUCAGCCCCUGGGUACCGGGGUGAACGUCAGCAUCCAAGAGUCGACCGUUAUAACCCCCCCGGAGGUGGUACGUGUAAAUAUCCAAAACAACAGUCCUUACUUCCCGCCGCCCACACAAGAGACAACAGCGGUAGGUAACUGGGCAAGAAUAGUGACACAAAACUAUAACACAAACCCUACCGCACACGUGUUUUGCGGCCUGGGGGUCGUCUCCCCGGGCUCGGGACAGAUUGUCCCCAGCUGUGUCUGGGAGAUCCAGCCGAACACGCCCUAUGCCAUCCUUACUCCCCCGCAGCAGCCGGUGUUUUAUAUUUCUAGCGAUUCGUCUUUGGAUGUUGGGACGAUCACCGCGGCGACGUCUAAGGAUGCGACUGUUGAUUUCACAGACACGGGAGAUAAUUUUUGUUUGGUCACGCAGAUGAGUAAUAAUACUUUCAAAGUGGCUCCUCCAUCUGAUGUUAAGACAUAG